AAGCUAGCGUAGAAAACACACACCUACAGGGAUCACAGUUUUGUAUAUUAGGCCUCAGAUCGCUGUCGUGUUUUAUUUAAUGUUAGUUUUUACAACGUAGCUGCAUUUUUUUCUGUAGAAACGUAUAAAAUCCACCACACCGGAGAAAAAAGGAUGGAGUGGCAGCCAGAUGAACAGGGUCUGCAGCAGGUGCUUCAGCUCCUCAAAGACUCCCAGUCUCCGGACACGGCAACUCAGAGAGCUGUUCAAGAAAAACUGGAGCAGCUUAACCAGUUUCCUGACUUCAACAACUAUCUCAUUUUUGUCCUCACAAGCCUCAAAUCUGAGGACGAGCCCACUCGCUCUCUGAGUGGUCUGAUUUUGAAGAACAACGUCAAAGCUCACUACCAGAACUUCCCUUCGAAUGUGGCCGAUUUCAUCAAGCGAGAAUGCCUCAACAACAUUGGAGAUCCUUCGCCACUCAUCAGAGCUACAAUCGGCAUUUUGAUCACAACAAUAGCAUCUAAAGGAGAGCUGCAGACUUGGCCAGAGCUCCUGCCUCAGCUUUGUAAUCUACUUAACUCUGAGGACUAUAACACCUGUGAGGGUUCUUUUGGAGCGCUACAGAAGAUCUGUGAAGAUUCAUCAGAGCUGUUGGAUAGCGACGCUCUCAACAGACCUCUCAAUAUCAUGAUUCCUAAAUUUCUCCAGUUCUUCAAACACUGCAGCCCCAAGAUCAGAUCUCAUGCAAUCGCUUGUGUGAAUCAGUUCAUCAUUGGCCGAGCUCAGGCUCUGAUGGAUAACAUUGACACUUUCAUUGAGAGUCUGUUUGCUCUGGCUGGCGAUGAAGACAGUGAAGUUCGGAAGAACGUUUGCAGAGCUCUGGUCAUGCUGCUGGAAGUUCGCAUUGACCGCCUCAUCCCGCACAUGCACAGCAUCAUCCAGUACAUGCUGCAGCGGACUCAGGACCCAGAUGAAAAUGUGGCUCUGGAAGCUUGUGAGUUCUGGCUGACUCUGGCUGAGCAGCCCAUCUGUAAAGAGGCUCUGUCUGGUCACUUGGUUCAACUGAUUCCUAUCUUGGUAAAUGGGAUGAAAUACUCUGAGAUAGAUAUUAUUCUUCUAAAGGGAGACGUUGAAGAAGAUGAGACAAUUCCAGACAGCGAGCAAGACAUCAAGCCUCGCUUCCACAAGUCUCGCACCGUGACUCUGCAGCACGAAGGAGGGGAAGGCGAGGAGGGGGAGGACAUCGAUGAGGAUGAGGACGACGAUGACGAUACUUUGUCUGACUGGAAUCUUCGUAAAUGUUCUGCUGCAGCUCUGGACGUUCUGGCUAAUGUGUUCCGCGAGGAGUUGCUUCCCCAUCUCCUACCCCUGCUCAAAGGCUUGCUUUUCCAUCCGGACUGGGUCAUCAAAGAGUCUGGCAUCUUGGUGCUGGGGGCCAUCGCUGAAGGUUGUAUGCAGGGGAUGGUACCUUACUUACCCGAGCUGAUUCCUCACCUCAUCCAGUGCUUGUGUGAUAAGAAGGCCUUGGUCCGUUCCAUCGCCUGCUGGACCCUCAGUCGCUACGCCCACUGGGUGGUCAGCCAGCCCCCUGAUGCUCACCUCAAACCCCUAAUGACAGAACUUCUCAAACGCAUCCUCGAUGGCAAUAAGAGAGUGCAGGAGGCGGCAUGCAGCGCAUUUGCUACCCUCGAAGAGGAGGCGUGCACAGAGCUGGUGCCGUAUCUGAGCUUCAUUCUGGACACGCUGGUUUUUGCUUUUGGGAAGUAUCAGCACAAGAAUUUGCUAAUUCUUUAUGAUGCUAUAGGAACCUUAGCAGACUCUGUGGGACACCAUCUCAACCAGCCUGAGUACAUACAAAAGCUGAUGCCUCCUCUGAUAGCAAAAUGGAAUGAGCUGAAAGAUGAAGACAAAGACCUGUUUCCUUUGCUCGAAUGUUUGUCAUCUGUUGCCACGGCGCUGCAGAGUGGCUUCCUCCCGUAUUGCGAGCCCGUGUACCAGCGCUGCGUCACCCUGGUCCAGAAAACGCUGGCUCAGGCCAUGAUGUACAGCCAGCAGCCAGACCAGUACGAAGCACCCGACAAGGACUUCAUGAUUGUCGCCUUGGAUCUUUUAAGUGGCCUGGCCGAGGGGCUCGGUGGCCACGUGGACACACUCGUGGCCCGCAGUAACAUCAUGACCUUGCUUUUCCAGUGCAUGCAGGAUACGAUGCCCGAGGUCAGGCAGAGUUCCUUUGCUUUGCUGGGCGACUUGACCAAGGCUUGUUUCCCUCAUGUCAAACCAUGUAUUGCUGAAUUUAUGCCGAUCCUUGGGACGAAUCUGAACCCAGAGUUCAUCUCUGUGUGCAACAACGCUACUUGGGCCAUUGGGGAGAUCUGCAUGCAGAUGGGAGUGGAGAUGCAGCCAUACAUUGCCAUGGUUCUGACCCAGCUGGUUGAGAUCAUUAAUCGACCCAACACACCCAAAACCUUGUUGGAAAACACUGCCAUCACCAUUGGUCGACUGGGAUACGUGUGUCCUCAGGAAGUUGCUCCCAUGCUGCCGCAGUUUAUCCGACCUUGGUGUACGUCUCUGCGCAACAUUCGAGACAACGAGGAGAAAGACUCUGCUUUCCGUGGGAUUUGUAUAAUGAUUGGUGUGAAUCCUGGAGGUGUGGUUCAGGACUUCAUCUUCUUCUGUGACGCUGUGGCCUCCUGGGUGAAUCCUAAGGAUGAUCUGAGAGACAUGUUCUACAAGAUCCUGCACGGUUUCAAAGAGCAGGUCGGGGAGGAAAACUGGCAGCAGUUUUCUGAGCAGUUCCCUCCACUGCUAAAGGAGAGACUGGCAGCAUGCUACGGCGUUUAGAUCGUCUAUUCCCACCCAAGAGGUUAGCCAGCAGGA